GUUAUCAAUGGUGCUCAAUAACGUGUCCGGUUUUCCGUUUUGUCCGAAUAAACAUCUGCUAGAAAGUGCGCGCCAAUUAGAGGGCGAUUGUGGAGAACAUGGCUGGGAAAGAUGGUGCGGAAAAAGUUAUAAAAGAAGGCUACAUGGUGAAAAGAUCGCAAAACAAGAAGAGGUUCACUCCCGUUAACUACAAGCAACGAUGGUUUGUCCUCACACGACAGUUCCUCAUAUAUUAUGACUCCGAUGAUAGGCGCAAGGAGCGCGGGCGGGUGCCGCUGGACUCGGUGCGAGUGCUGGAGGCGGCGCAGCUGCCGGCCGGGGAGGCGGCGGGCGCGCAGAACGGCACUGCCGACUCCCACCCGCAGGGCUGCCCCUUCCAGGUGGGCUACAACGAGGCGGGCCAGGACUACACGCUGUACCUGAUCGCCGCGCGCGACCACGAGCGGGCCGAGUGGAUCAAGGCGCUGCGGGCAGUGUGCGCGGACAACAGCCCGGCGGCGGAGCGCUUCCACGCCGGCCUGUGGGGCGGCAAGCGCUGGUCGUGCUGCCAGGCCAACAGCCGCGCCGCCGACGGCUGCGACAAGUGCACCACGUGGCCGCGCGCCGCCUCCGCCGCUGACCACCCGGACAACAGGCUCGGUGCUACGACCACGCAGAUCAUGACCGGCAACACCCCCGGCACUCCCAAGGUCAAGGAGAAACUGACUUUCCGGCCAAAGGUUGUGGUAGCUCUGUAUCCAUUCAAAGCCAUAGAAGCAGGAGAUUUGUCCUUAGAAAAGGGUGCAGAGUACGAGGUUCUAGACGAUUCGCAAGAACAUUGGUGGAAGGUCAAGGAUGAGCAAGGGUCAAUUGGUUACAUUCCUAGUAAUUAUGUGAAAGAAAAAGAAUUGCUGGGCCUGCAGAAAUACGAAUGGUACGUGGGGGACAUGUCUCGCCAGAGGGCAGAGUCGUUGCUGAAGCACGAAGACAAGGAAGGCUGCUUCGUGGUGCGCAACUCCUCCACCAAGGGCUUGUACACUCUCUCGCUAUACACCAAAGUUCCUCACCCGCACGUGAAGCACUACCACAUCAAGCAGAACUCGCGGGGGGAGUUCUUCCUGUCGGAGAAGCACUGCUGCGGCUCCAUCCAGGACCUGGUGAACUACCACCGGCACAACAGCGGCGGGCUGGCGUCGCGUCUCAAGACCAGCCCCUGCGACCGGCCCGUGCCGGCCACCGCCGGCCUCAGCCACGACAAGUGGGAGAUCGACCCGCAGGAGUUGAUGCUGCUGGAUGAGCUGGGGUCGGGCCAGUUCGGGGUGGUGCGUCGCGGCAAGUGGCGAGGGUCCAUAGACGUGGCCGUCAAGAUGAUGAAGGAAGGCACCAUGUCCGAGGACGACUUCAUCGAGGAAGCCAAAGUCAUGACCAAGCUGCAGCACACCAACCUGGUGCAGCUGUACGGGGUGUGCAGCAAGCACCGGCCCAUCUACAUAGUGACGGAGUACAUGAGGCACGGCUCCCUGCUCAACUACCUGCGGCGACACGAGGCCUCCCUGGGGGGCAACGUGGGACUGCUGCUGGACAUGUGCAUACAGGUUUGCAAAGGUAUGGCAUAUUUGGAGAGGCAUAACUACAUCCACAGAGACCUGGCUGCCAGGAACUGUCUCGUUGGUUCAGAGAACGUCGUCAAAGUCGCAGACUUCGGACUGGCGAGAUAUGUUCUGGAUGACCAAUACACAAGCUCUGGUGGAACAAAGUUCCCAAUCAAAUGGGCACCACCAGAGGUGCUAAACUACACACGCUUUUCCUCCAAGUCUGACGUGUGGGCUUAUGGUGUGCUGAUGUGGGAAGUGUUCACGUGCGGCAAGAUGCCCUACGGCCGACUGAAGAACACAGAGGUUGUCGACCGGGUACAACGUGGCGUUGUGUUGGAGAGGCCAAAAGCUUGCUUCAAAGAGGUUUAUGAGGUGAUGAGGAAGUGCUGGAGCCACUCCCCCGAGGACAGGCCGUCGUUCCGCUCCCUGAAGGAGCAGCUGGCGAACGUCUCCCAGGGCCUGCUGGCCGAUUGACUCUCCCUGCUCAGCGCCUCCCUCCCCCGGCCCUCCACCCUGGAGCGCCCGCCCAAGCCGGAGGCCUGCAUCUUCUGCGCGUCGUACGGCCACCCCUGGCUCGAGAUCUGCAAGGCCAUCCAGGCCACGCGCCACAAGUGAACCUGCAGACCUGCAGUGCGGACGUUCUUCACCCGACACCAGCACUGGGGGACAACCAACUAUCCUUACUAGAAACACAAUAGUUGUGCCUAAUGAACAGCGCAUUCUUUUACUUUCCCAAGCUAAUCAUUUCGUAGUUCACGCACAACACGGCAAAAUGAUUUUGUGAUAUUUUUCUAUUUUUCUGUGAAGAUCGUUUUGGAAGUUGAUGCACUUGAAGUUCACACUCAAAAGUAGUUGAUCAAAUGAACAAUAAUGGCAAGUUGCACAGUUUUGAGCAUGAGGCGGUAUUCUGUUUGGUUUUCGAAAUAUGUGCUGGUCUAAUAUUUCAGCAUACAAAGUGAAGUGAAUAAAACUGUCAUAUCUAACUGUAUUUAUCUGUUUGACUGAACUUUAGGAAUUUUUUUAUAUAAAGAUUGUAUUGUUAUGGUUUUUUAGUGUGCGAUCAGAUUGUGUUGCAAGUCCUAGAUGUUUGACACUGUGACUCUAGCGUUGACAUUUAUUACUAUGAUUUAUAUAGAACUUCCAACUAGAUUGUUGGACUUAUCUCUGGUAGGAGAGGGAGUCAACCACUUGGGUGAGUCAUUGAUUCUUUCACACAGGCAUCGGCUAUCAGCCAACAUAGUCAUGGAGAGCUUCUAUUUGUGCUUAUAAGACAUUGGUGGUUGUAACUAUACCAAGUUUGAGCAUGUUUUGAUUCAGUCAGUUUUGGUAGGCUGUGUUCUGAGUACUUACAGUUGUUAAAUUUACGAAAUACACAGAACUACUUUAAAUUUUAGAGUAUGGCUUCAGUACUUUGUAUAGUUUGUACUUGUUAAAGGGACUAUGAUCCAACAAUAUCUUGAUACACAAAUUACAUGCAUACAUAUCUUUUUUAACAGCUGAUUAAUACAAGUACAUACAUUGAUCUAAUUUUAAAUUUCUUAUUUAAAAUUUCUUAAGUUUUAAUAAAAGUAAAUAAUGCAUACACUUAUGAAACUGUACCAGUAGAUAGAUUAAAUAAUUGUUUACAAAAUUGUAUACAUGUAUGUAGUUUUAGUGUUUUCUACAUGAUAAAUGGCUCUGCCCAAGUGUUAAAAUGUUUUUAUCAAAAAUCAAAAAAAUGCUGAAAUUAAAGCUAGGGUGUAAUUUCUCAGUGUAAAAGAAUAUGGUUAGGUUAAAGUUUUUAUGAUUAAAAAUUUAAAUUCAGUAUGGUAUGCCUGUGCUAUUAAUCUCAGGACAUUGAUCAUAAAUCUUGGUAUAAAAAUCACAUGUCAUGAGCAUUCAUGUUUCUGAAAUUCUUUUAGAUGGUUGCGAGGCUUUUGUGUACAUGUGCAAACAUCUUGAGCAACACUAAUUUUGUCUUUCUUUCUAAUGUGUUCAUUGGCAGUAUUGUGUUACAAAUUUAACUAUAGAGAUGAGCGGUGCUGAGGCAAGCCUAAUUAUUGGUGUUUGUAUCCUGAUAGUACAAGUGUACUGGAACUAUUUUUAGAUCAUAUCGUUGCUGAGCAGUUUUCGGGUGUUGUCAAGACUUGGUGAAAUGUUUCUGGUUACUUGCUUAUUCGUAUUAAAAGUAUAUUAUGAAAUUAUGAAAGGCCAGCUGGUGUGGCGUGUGGUUUGAUGUACUUAACUAAUAUUUAUAUUUAGAAAAUGAACCGUCUGAGCCAUUUGGUCGGUUUUUAUGCUGUGCCCCAAAAUAUUCGGGAUUUUUAAAUUAGCAUUACCAAAAAAUGUGAAAGAACCAAAUGCCUAAAUGUUUUUCAAAAUUGAAUUUGUCAGGUCCAAUAGGAGAACGAACAAGAGUAUAAUAAACAAUGAAAAUUAUAUCCUUUUGAUAAGUUACUUUAAUUCUAAAAUGUGAAGCUAAUGUAAUAUUAAAGACUGGAUACAUUGUGGUCUUGGAGAUAUUACUGAAGGAUCGUAUGAGUUUUCAGUUGUGUGCUUGAAAAUUUUUUUAAUUCCAGCUAAAAAGCAUUAUGUGGCACUAGUCUUUUCCUGUCCCAUUUGUUUUUGUAUCGCUCUAACGGAAUAUUGACUGCGUUAGAGAAGUGCGCAGGUUGCGGACUUGAACUCUCAUCGUGGAGCGGACAUCCUGAGGCGAGAUCUCACGUUGCGAACUGUGCAGAACACAAUUGUGGUACACUGUAGGCCCUAGUGUCAAGAUUCAAGUCAUUCCUGAAAGACUGAUUUUAUUCGUUUAUGUUUUAAUUGUACUUAAUUUGUUUGUAAUUGGUAUUAUUGGUAAUAUUUUAAGUGUGUGUGUUUUGUGUUUGGUAGUAAAUGUAUAAAAAGAUAACUAUUUACUCAUGUAGCAUUUGAAAAGUUUUUUAUAAAUUUUUGUACAAUAGUGGAAGUGUGCAAAAAUUCUUCAAAAUGUUUGGUUAUAUUGCUGCUCUGUUAAGCAAUUAGUUGGCAGUUGCUGUUUUAGGGAAGACCAAUCUUACGAUAUAAUUGGGAAAAAAAAAUUGUAAUUUUAAUGAUAAAGGAGCCAGCAUAUACCAAAGAUGUAGAGUUGUAUAGUCCUAACUCCUAAGCCAUCUGUAUAGCCACCAUUACAUAGCAAAAAUAUACUGUUUUAACUUUUUCUUAUUUUCCUUUCUUUUGUCUGUAAUGAACAAUAAUGGGUGAAAAACUGUAGAUUCCCAAGGGGAACACAAAUGAUAACAUUUAUAUAUCCCAUUUUACGGUUACGAUUUUUGCAAGCACAAGUGAGCUCCCGCAGAAAGGAGCUUUUGAUUCCAGGGGGGCCCCUGCCCCAGGGAUCUACGCCCAUGUGGACAAUAUCGAUAGAAUGUGUUUGUAACUGGUAUUGCUUAGAAAAAAAAAUAUUUUAACUUGUUGCAAAUGGAAGUAACGGCUGGUUAUAAACAUAGAUAAAUUAUAAAAUCCUUAACUGAAUUAAAUCUUUGUUAAAAAUACUUCUUGCAUUUAUUUAGUUUGUAACUUAAAAUCUUAUAUCUUUUGUUAACUGUAAGACUUUUUUUUUCGUAGUUGAUGGUUACUAUUUGUGUGUGUUAGUUAAAAUGCUUACUAUUAGUGAUUAAUAAUAAUAAUUGCAAAGUUUUUUUUUCCCAACUUUAGUUAAAUGAUUUACCGCUUUGAUAGUAUGAUGUCCAAAAAUUUUGUAUUUUAAUAAAAUUGGUUAUUGUUAACUAUAGGGAGCUAUGCCAAUGCAUGAUUACGAUUUUUAAUUGUACGUAAAAGUUUCAUUAUUAUUGUUUAAAUAAACUAUCUAAAGAUGCACCAGUUCCUUCAGUUAUAAAGAUUUUCAGUUUUUUUCUAAGAGCUAAUUUGUAUUUCUAUGUAACUAACAGUUAUUUUACUGAUAUUUUGUCCGAUUCAUUCAGUAGGUAUAAUUUAAAAAAAAAAAAAGGGGGGGGGGGGGUAUUUUUAUACCUGUUAAGGAAACACAAAUUAUUUUCAAAGUUUUUUUUAUUAAUUUUAUUAAAUUAGAAAAUUAUCUUGGUUAUUGUGUAAAAAAAAUUUCCUGAUCCAACCAUUAUAAAGAAACAUAACUUGGACAAGUAUGUGAAACCACAAUAAAAAAAGUUUCUGUUGACAAGAUGCUGACAUAAAAAUCACUUCAAACAUGUUUUCAUAAUUGUAUUAGACAGUAAUUGUCAUACUAACUGAACAGAAUGGACUGUAUUUUACUGCUACAGUGAAGGGUCAAUCAUCCGGCAUUUUAUGGUUUGACACAGUUUGUAAUCUGGCACCAACAAGCCACUUGCGUUGAGACAUUUUGGGUGGAUUUCAGAUAUUGAUCUUGACCUUGAUCGUGAGGUCGCAAUACUGCAUUGCUGGUAUUCUAGUUUUACUAUUUUAAUUUUGGUAUAUGGUUUAUUUCAUAGCGAGUUACAUUUCAUAUUUCCAGCAUUGUUGCAGUACUGAACGUACCAGAUAAGACUACCUCUGUAGUGGGGGCGAGAGUGUGGUAGAAAGGUAAUGCUUGGAUACAAUUGUAUCGUGCAUGGUAAGUUGGCGUAAGGGGGUAAAUUGAUUAAACAAACACUGAACAGCCUUGCAAAAUAAUUCUUUCAGUUGUAAUCUUUAGUAACAAAUCCAUAUAUGUGCAGUAACUAUACAUCUUCUGAAUUCAUUUUGUUUAGCAAAAUGUUUUAACAAAUGUUAUGUUGUAAAUUUUUAGAUAACAUGACUAAAGAUGAACAUAUAUCUCCAUAACUUAAUCCAUUUCCAAGAAAGUUGAAGUACUAUAAAUAUUCAUUAGGCUUGAUUUUUUUUAUAACUGAAAAAUGGGCUUGUCCGAGACAUGAAUUUUUGAAAAUAAAUAAAAAAAUACAGUUGUCAUUUACAAAUUGUGAUUUUUAUUUACUGUAAUUUUGGCAAAUCUGAAGCUGCUAAUGGGUGUAUGCACAAAGGCCCAAAGGUUUUUAGCUUUUAACUAUGCUGCAUAUUAAAUAUUAAUACAUGAGAAAUUUAACAUUUAGGUCAUUGUGAUCAUUGCAGACAAAAUAUACUGCCUAAAUAUUCGUAUUUUGUUGAGUAAAAUUUUUUUAGGCAGAGGAUUAAAUUGGAGUGUUUAUUUUCUUUCCACACAGGUUUUUUUUUAUUUACGUUAUAUUGUACCACAACUGUAAUGCACAUAAAAAAAAAAUUAGCAUUUAAAUAUAUAUCUGGCCUCAGAAUUAUAAGCAACAAGACCUUGUCUGACCAUUUAGCAUAAUAGUCACGACUCUUGGCAGGUAGACUAAAGAACCAAAGUUAUGAUCCGGGCCAGUUCGGGGGUUUCCUUUGCGCAAAUACUACUUCCCAAUGUACACAUACUGGGUGUAGUGCUGGUCUUCUCAGUGUGCAUAAGGCAAGCCACUGCACAGAACCAUAACAUUAUGACCACAGUGAUUGGGGUAACCAAUCUCUGUGACUAUCAUGUAGGGUGAUGGCCCUACCUCCCUCUCCAUAACUAGUGAUAAAAUUACUUUUCAACAUCAGAAAGGUAUUAAAGUAGGCUUAGGGGUGAUUACUUUUAAAAAUUUCUGACUCCAUCAGGGGUGGGGGGGGGAGGAUGGUAUAUGUAAUACCAUACCUCCUCCCAAAACCCUUUCUCAAAUCAUCCCUCCCAAGACUAAAAACUGGAUCUGUCCCUGCUCUGAAUCCAGCAGAAAGGACUCUUAGAAGAAAACAUUUUGUGUGAGAAAGCAUUGUAUUUUUUAAAAAUUCAAUGAGCUAUUAUAACUCUUAUUGGAAGGAGGAAUUUUAAGAAUCUUGAUAUGCUUAACGUUGUGAAAUUCAUUUAAAGUUGGCUGCAAAUGUGAGAAUAACUUGCCAAGGCUACUUCAGCUUUGAUUAGAGAAAACCUAUAAUUUAUAAUUGUUGGUGUAAACUGUACUUCAUAAAACUCUUAGCUUUUAAACUAAACUUCAAUGGAAGUUUUGUAAUUUUACAGUUGUACUAUAAGUUGCAAAGUACUGACAUGAAAGCCGGGCUGCUAGUUAAGCUAAAUGGACAUCUUGUGCAAACAUCAUACUGCAGCAAAAGAUGAACAAUACAAUCAAAAUUUUCAAACCAACUACUUGAGCAGUAUUUGUGGUGUUAAAAACUUGGAAAACUGUGUUUUGUACAUAAUUUUUGAUAGUGUAAAUUGUUAGCUCAAAAAACUGCCCUGAAUGUUGUAAAUUAUAGUGUUAUAAUUGUACGAAAAAAAAUAUUCUGUGGGUGAUUUCAUUGUAAAAAUUUGUAAGAUACCAGUUUCAAUAAAUUGAUACUAGGGUCGUAGCUGAGAUGCCAAUAUAAAGUCGCAAAGGGGGAAACAAGUUGUGAGAUUUGUCCAAACAUCAUAUAUAAUUUUUUUUUGCUUGUAUGAAUAGUACUUAUACUGGAUUGUGAUGAGCAAAACUGCGACACUGGGCAUUUUCAUGUUCUGUCUGUUGCAUAAUGUAAAGUGCAUGGGCAGGUGGUGGUAGUGAACUUGAAUCCUCCUUUGGAAUUUAUGUUCCAACUCCACCCUGUUUGUCUUCCUGUCUCUAGAUAUUAUGUUGCAUUAGGAAGUAGUAGAGUCACGACUCUUGUAUUAGACCAGUGUGUCCCGCCAUGUGCUGUCAUCGCUUGUAUUGUAACCGUUGAUCCUAUUGCCUUUGAUAGCUUUUUGUUGUGGGACAGAAGUAUGCAUAUUAAAAGGAAUUUGUUUUUAAA